AUGGCUGAGCGCCUCAGCCCUCGAAGCUCCGAGGUGAAUGCCUUGGAACAACGAGGCUAUCUCAUCGGCAAGAAAAUCGGACAAGGAUCAUAUGCCACCGUCCACCUGGCUGAGUACUGCGAUGCAUCCAGCCCGAAGCGGAUGCACCUCGCGUGCAAAAUAUUUGACAAAGAAAAAGCACCUCAAGAUUUUUUAAAAAAGUUUUUUCCUCGUGAGCUUGAUAUACUGACUAAGAUCGAGAACCCCCAUAUUAUUCAAGUACACAGUAUUUUACAGCGUGGACCUAGAGUGUUUAUCUUCAUGCGUUAUGCUGACAAUGGUGAUCUGUUGGAUUUUAUAAAACGGAAUGGAGUUGUGCCAGAAAACCAGGCCAAGCUUUGGUUCAGACAAAUGGCUAGUGGUUUACAAUAUCUCCACAGCAAGAAUAUAGCACAUCGUGAUCUGAAAUGUGAGAAUAUAUUGCUCUCAAGACGCUUCAACGUGAAGUUGGCGGAUUUCGGAUUUGCGCGCUUCUGCACGGAUGGUGAAAAUCGCCGUGUACUCAGUCAAACAUAUUGUGGCUCCGCUGCAUAUGCCGCCCCGGAGGUGGUGAGUGGCACGGCCUACAACCCCAAACUAGCUGAUGUGUGGUCUCUCGGAAUUAUCCUCUUCAUAAUGCUGAACGCUUCAAUGCCGUUCGAUGAUUCGAAUCUGCGCAAACUACUCAAGGACCAAAUGUCACGCAACUGGGUUUUCAGGCUCAGGAUCCGUGACACAAUAUCGGCGGCGGCCAAGUCAAUCGUGCGGCACAUUCUGGAGCCUGAUAUCACGCUCCGUCUUACGCUGGACCGGGUGUUGUCGCACGAGUGGACUCGGCCUCGCAAAGACAAAAGCGCGAGUCUGAUGGGCCGGUUGGUGCAGUCGGCUCCGUCGGCGCCGGGCAAGCGCGAGCACGACGAGGCUGGCACGUCGGCCAGCGCGCGGGUCUCCGGCGACCACCGUGAGGCAGAGCGCGAGCGACACGACGACAUCAACAUGCGCACGCACGACUAG